GUAAGCUCGGGCAUGUUGUAGAAAGCGUGUUCCAAAAAAUAACCCUUAAAAUACUACUUUCUCUUGACAUCGAAGUAUUCAAUUGACGAAGUAUGCCGAAGGCACCCAAGAUCAAGCUAGGUGCCCAGGGUAAGAAGGCCAUGCACCCGAAUAGCAGAAAAGCCCAACAGUUUUCACGCCAACAGCACCAUGAACUGAGAGUUCAGAAGAGAAUGACAGAAAAAGGCCAGAAGAUGAAUGCACAGGGAGAAAAACUGCUAUGGUUUCAAGAGCAGCUUGAUCCAGCUGUAGAUUUAUACACCUUGUCAGAGGUUGGAGAAUUAAUUGAACGGUAUCUGCAUCGGUUUGACGAAGAGGUGGAACAGAUAGAAAUCAAGAAUUCCAUCGGCAACCGUAAAAAUCGCCAGAAUGCAUCCAGGGAGGAUGUCAUUAAACAUACAAUCGAGACAGAGAGAAGAGACUACAACGCAGGCGGGAUAGAACUCCCUGAUCUGACGCGGCAGAAUCAUUUAAAGACUUUCAGGGAAUGGACCGGUGAAAUGCGAUUUGUACAGAAUUUCAAGUUUCGUCGAAUCACAUCACAAAUGGUCGAAAAAGCUGCAGAAAAGGAGGAAGAGAUGCCAUUGGAGGAUGAGGAAGUGAAAGAAGGUUUAGAGGACUAUUCUGAUCAUGAAAAAGACACUGAAAAUGAAAAGACUGAUGAUACAUAGUGCAGAGUGUUUUGAUAAAGACCAAGGAUAAGGCAUAUUACAGUAAAUACAAUGACUGCUCUGGAUGUAAUUGAUGGACUUCCUUGACAGGAGUUUACCCUCUUGGAUCAGGCACGCUUUCUUUUUCAUGAUCCAUCAAAGGUGCAGUGUAUUGUUGACUGUAUUUUAUUAUUACAGCGUACAAGUUCUUUGUACCAGCCUGUUUGAGAAAAGUUUAUGCAUUAAAUGUUUG